AGUAUCAAACCCACCUGAGCAAAAUAGUCUUCCAUUUAUCGUCUUGACUUCAGUUUUACCCAACAACAAGUACAAACAGCCCUGAAACAAUUUCACAAAUUCAGAAAAAAGGGAUUGCAAAUAGCACUCAGUUGAAUUAAUUAAUGAUUAGAUUAUGUUCGUUUCUGGUUCCAAAAUUGACUGGUGGAGGUCAAGCAUGAUUUCCGUUUGCAACCCAAAUACAAAUUGAUCAUUUCCUUUCCUCUUUUUUCUUUUUUUGUUUGGGUGUGAAAGUAAUGAUUCAUUAGGUUGUUAAGCUCUCGCUUUCUGUGUUAUACCGAUCGGUGCAUUUCAUCCUUUUUCUUGUUGAGUUUGUUAGCAAUACGUUGUUUGUUGCCCUCCAGUUUAAGCAAAAAAACCCACCGAUCAUGUCUCUCGCUCAACAAAAGACAUGAUUUUUAGGUUUUUCGUGUGAUGGGUUUUUGUUAUGUCUCCGGAAAUCUCGAGAAUCAGUUGACGGCAAGAAUUUGAGCUCAGCUCCCUAAUGGGUUGGAUGGGGAGUUGGAAUGUUUUGGGCUUUUUGUUUCGAAUUCUUUUUGGGUGGUCCAUUUUAAUGGUGAUGUGGCCUGUGAAUGGUUUGAGACCUUUGAGGCAGAGACGGUCUUGGGGUGAAGAGUGGCUUCCUAUAGGUAAGGAAGAGCAAGAAUUGGGACCGUUUUCUUCUUGGAAUAUAACAGGGACCUAUAGAGGGAAUUGGAAGUUUCCAGAUUCUGCAAAUAGCUCUUCCAAGUUUUCUGAUUUUAGGAAGUCAAAUGGCAAUUCAAUACUAGAACUAAUCAGUACACCAACGAAAAUAACUGGUGUACACUAUGUGCAGGGAAUUAUAAUUUUCCAUGAUGUGUUUGACAAUGAGAAUGACGUUCACGGAGCUCAAAUCAGGGUAGAAGGUGUGUAUAUAUGGCCUUUCAGACAACUAAGGAUGGUGGCUAACAGCGGAAAAGAGAGUGAGUUUGGGCAGGAAGAUGAUUAUUUACUGUCUAACCCGUAUCACUUGCUUGGAGUUUUCUCGUCCCAGGUGUUUCAGGAGUCUCCACGAGAAAAAAUCUGGAAGAGGAAACAUUCCCCAAUUUACGAAAUGGAGAAACACUGCAACAUUGAAAUCUCCGCACAAAUUUCUCGAGUGUCUUCUAGAAAAAAUGGUGGAGAUCAAGAUAAGUAUUAUCUAGAAGGACUAAUGGAGAGCCCUUCAGUGGAUGACGAUGUAGAUUGCUUCUCUCCCAUGCUCUUAAAUGCGACUUCUGUCAACGUUGAGGUCUACUACAAUAAAGCAGUUAACUACACUUUGAUGGUCACCUUUAUAUCUUUCCUCGAAGUUCUGUUGUUAAUCCGGCAAAUGGAACACAGUAACACCCAAUCAGGGGCUGCCAAAGUUUCGCUCUUGAUGAUCGGGCAUCAGGCUAUAAUGGAUGCUUAUCUCUGUCUUCUACAUCUUACUGCCGGAAUUUUAGUCGAAUCUCUAUUUAAUGCUUUUGCAACUGCGGCAUUUUUCAAGUUCGUGGUCUUCUCAAUAUUUGAAAUGCGCUACCUACUCGCGAUAUGGAAGGCGAAUAGGCCAUCGAAUAACGGAGAGAAUUGGGAAGUGAUGAGGCGCGAGCUCUCAGUUCUUUACAGUCGUUUUUAUGGGAUCCUUUUAGGUGGCAUUCUUGUUAUGUACGAGUUUCAUAAUUUUCUGCGGAUCAUCCUUCUCCUCCUCCACUCAUUCUGGAUUCCGCAAAUAGUGAUUAACGUAGUUCGUGACUCGAGGAAACCAUUGCAUCCUCAUUAUAUCCUAGGGAUGACUAUAACUCGAAUUGCUAUCCCCUUAUAUGUAUUUGGCUGUCCACAUAAUUUCAUGCGAAUAGAGCCCGACAGGAGAUGGUGUAUCUUUUUGGCCCUUUUUAUGGGACUGCAAGUGUUCAUUCUUCUUCUGCAGCAUUAUCUUGGAUCCCGUUGGUUCAUUCCUCGUCAGAUUUUACCGGAGAAAUAUAGCUACUAUAGGCGAUUCCUUCAAGGGUCGAACCAUGCUACGGAUUGCGUCAUUUGCAUGACUGCCAUUGACCUCGGCCAACGCUCGAAUGAUUGCAUGGUGACGCCGUGCGAUCAUUUCUUCCACGGCAGCUGUUUGCAAAGAUGGAUGGACAUAAAAAUGGAAUGCCCGACAUGCCGCCGUCCCCUUCCACCUGCUUAGAAAUGUACAUUUUGUUGCUAGACGGAUUCGAGCUGCUCUGCUAGUUAACAGUGUUGAGGAAUGAACCUAAAGCAUAGCUGAUAGUUUUUCCCGGCAGAAGCAGAUGACACGACGACUCACGAAGGCGACGGGACCGUGUAUACUGUAUGUAACAGGAAGACAGCAAAUCUACAGUUCCUUGAUCUCUUGUUUUCCCAUUUUUAGGUUAGGUUAAAGUGACAUAAAUGCAUCAAAUGUUUCUUCUGGUAAAGGUGAGAACAGCCUGUUUUAAACUCUGCUGAUGUACCUCUCUCACUAUCUUCUCAAUGUAUAUAUACACAUACAUGAUACAUACAUAUAUUUCUUCAAAUAAGUUUGUAUUAGAGAGAAGGUUGUGCUGUGA